CAUUCUCAAAUAGAAAUCAAUCAAACUGAUUCAAGUUAUGGAAGUGGGCAAUUCUUUCUUCAUUGUUUGCAUCCAACUUAUAAUUCUUGUCUCAUGCUUCAACUUGCAGGGUCUUAACUUGCUUGGUUUAGCACAUGCAGCAACUGUAGUCCGAGGAAAUGACACUGAUCUACAAGCUUUGCUCCAGUUUAAAGCCAUGAUAACCGGUGACCAACUCAAGGUUAUGAACUCCUGGAAUAGUUCAAUUCACUUCUGCCAGUGGCAUGGCGUUACAUGUGGUCGCAACAAUAGGAGAGUCAUCAAGUUGGAAUUGCAAUUCCUCAAACUCUUGGGAUCUUUAUCUCCAUUCAUUGGAAAUUUGAGCUUUCUCAAGGAGUUGAACCUUGCGAGUAACAACUUCCACAACCAGAUUCCUCAAGAAAUUGGUCGCUUAAGAAGAUUGGAAACAUUACAACUGUCCAAUAAUUCCAUCACGGGUGAAAUUCCUUCCAAUUUAUCCAGCUGUUCUAAGCUUACAUUUGUCAGUAUGAGAGGCAACCAACUAACAGGAGAAAUACCUGCUUCAUUGGGUCUCUUGGCAAACAUGAAAACCUUGAGUUUUGCCAUCAACAGAUUGAGAGGGAGUAUACCACCUUCGUUUGGGAACUUGACAUCUCUAGAGGCACUUAUUUUGAGGACUAAUGCAUUGAGCGGGGUUAUACCUGAAGAUAUUGGACGACUGCCAAAUCUUUCAUUUUUCUCGGUAGAAGAAAAUGCAAUUUCUGGUAUUAUUCCCGUCAGAAUGUUCAAUCUCUCUAAUAUUAGAAGCUUUGAUAUUGGUGGGAACAAUAUUCAAGGUACUCUUCCUUCUAAUUUAGCAAUCACUAUGCCAUAUAUUGACUUCUUUUCCGUAUGGGGAAACCAACUCUCUGGAAAAAUUCCGAUUUCUAUAUCCAAUGCCUCGAACCUGAAUAUGCUCCAGCUUGAUAGGAAUAUAUUUAGUGGAAAUGUUCCUUCCUUAGAAAAGCUGGAUAAACUAUCUAUACUUCUUCUAGGCACAAACCAUUUGGGAACUGGAACAGGAGGUGAUUUGAACUUUCUCUGUAGUUUAGUCAAUAAUACCAAACUAGAUAGUCUAGAUAUACGAACAAAUAAUUUUGGAGGGGUACUUCCCGAAUGCAUUAGCAAUUUCUCUAGCAGCCUUCAAUUUUUAGAAAUAGAAAAUAACAAAAUAUUGGGGAGAAUCCCUGAUGGGAUUGGAAAUCUUAUCAAUUUGGGGGUGCUGCAGGUAUCACAAAAUCAACUAUCAGGUCCCAUUCCUGUAAACAUCGGGAGGAUUCAGAAGCUAAAUUCAUUUGACGCUCGUAAUAAUUUUCUCACUGGGACUAUUCCCUAUUCUAUUGGAAAUUUAACAGGGUUAACAUUACUUGCUUUAGGAGUCAACAAUCUUCAGGGAAACAUUCCUUCAAGUCUUGGUAACUGCCAAAAUUUGCUUGUAUUGGGUCUUUCUUACAACAAUCUUAGUGGAUCAAUACCGCCUCAAGUACUUGGACUUUCAUCCUUGUCCAUUUUACUAAACUUAUCAUCAAACUAUUUGACUGGAGAGCUUUCAGUAGACGUAGAAAAACUAACAAAUCUAGGAGAUUUGGAUUUUUCAAAAAAUAAGUUAUCCGGUUUGAUACCAAAGAGCCUUGGUAGCUGUGUGAGACUAGAGAGGUUGUUCCUUGGUGGUAAUUUGUUUGAAGGACCCAUUCCUUCAUCUUUGAGUUCAUUGAGAGGUCUUGUAGAGUUGGACGUAUCUGAAAAUAAUCUUUCAGGUGGGGUUCCAGAAUUUCUUGUGAGUUUUAAAGCCUUGAAGUAUGUAAAUCUCUCUUUCAAUAAUUUUGAAGGAGUGCUACCAAGUGGAGGUCUCUUUAAGAAUGCCAGUGCUGUAUUUGUUGAGGGAAACAAUAAGCUAUGUGGAGGCAUCCCUGAGUUACAAUUGUCAAGAUGUAACUCGAAAAAAUCAUCAAAGACUUCUCUUAGAUUCAAAAUUGUAAUUGUUGUUGUUGUUGUUGUUGUUGUUAUAUUAGGAGUGACUUUGGUAUUGUCUAUUGUUCUCAUCAUUUGGUUCAGAAAGAGGAAAGUGCAGCAACCGAUAUCAACUUUUGCGGAAAAUUCUCUUUUAUGGUUAUCAUACCAAAGGAUCCUAAAGGCUACUAACGAAUUCUCCAUGCGGAAUUUGGUUGGUUCGGGGAGUUUCGGUUCUGUAUACAAAGGAAUUCUUGAAGAGAGUGGAGUAGUUAUUGCAGUAAAGGUUCUUAAUCUUUUGGACCAUAGAUCAUCUAGGAGUUUUUUGGUUGAAUGUGAGACCUUGAAGAACAUUCGACAUCGGAAUCUUGUCAAGGUAUUAACAGCAAUUUCAGGUGUUGAUUAUCAAGGCAAUGAUUUUAAAGCCUUAGUUUAUGAGUUCAUGGUAAAUGGAAGCUUGGAGGACUGGCUGCAUUCUCCGACAGGUACCAGUGAAUUGGAGAUGAUGAGAAAGCUAAACUUCUUCAAAAGAAUAAGCGUGGCGAUAGAUGUUGCUCAUGCACUUGAAUAUCUGCACCAUCAUUGUGAAACAUCGAUCAUUCAUUGUGACCUCAAGCCAAGCAAUAUACUACUUGAUGAGGAAAUGGUUGGCCAUAUAAGUGACUUUGGCUUAGCGAAAAUCAUUUCUGCAGACGAACCUAACUGUUCUACUAAGAUGUCAAGCUCCCUUGGAUUAAGAGGAACUAUCGGUUAUGCUCCUCCAGAAUAUGGCAUGGGAAGCGAGUUGUCAACAAAAGGUGAUGUGUAUAGCUAUGGCAUCCUACUGCUUGAGAUGUUUACAGGAAAAAGGCCAACCGAUGAAAGGUUCAGAGAAGGUUUAAGUCUCCAGAACUUUGUUAAGGCAGCACUGCCUGAACGAAUAAUCGAGAUUGCAGAUCCUAUUCUUGUUCAAGAAAGAGUGAGACGAGGAACUCCCAAUGUAAACAACUUUAGAAAUGAUAGGUAUCUUCAGUGCUUGAAUUCACUAUUCGAAAUAGGACUCGCUUGUUCUGCUGAAUCACCCAAUGAGCGGAUUGACAUGAGUGAUGUUGCUACCAAGCUUUGUUCUAUUAAAGACAAACUUCAUUCAACUAGAUUACCUCGUGAGGUUCGAACUUAAAUAUGUGGCUCAAUCGAAAAGAAUAAGUGUGCAAUAUUUAUAGCUUUCCACCAAUAAUUUCUCAGUGUAAUUUGUAUUAAUGCUUUGUUUUUCUCUUUGCUUAUUAAACUAUUGGAUUGCCAUCAAAUCAGAAUAAGAUAAUGCCAAUAAGCUUUACUUUCGUACA